AUGUUUGGCCACCAGUUGACAGGUGUGUACUCUUUGGCUCUCCUUUGCCUGGGCAGCUUGCCUCUUGCCGGUGCCUCAGUUGUCCAUCGCCCGAGCGCACCCUCGGCUCACACUGUGAACGGGACUUAUACCGGCCUCACUCUCGAAUCCUUCAACCAGGAGGCCUUUUACGGCAUCCCCUUUGCAAUCCCUCCGCUGGGAGACCUGCGGCUGCGCUACCCCGUGCCGUACAAUCAGUCAUGGGCUGGCACUCGCAAUGCCACCGUGCGGUCAGACUCAUGCCCCGGCUUUGACAAGCCCUUUGCCCAGGGCUUCGCCGACGGCUUAACCAUGAGCGAGAACUGUCUGACCCUUGACAUUGUGAGACCUGCCAACGUCAAGCCCGGAGACAACCUACCCGUCUUCUUCUGGAUCUACGGCGGCGGCUUCAAAGCCGGCGGAUCGGCUGACCCGCGCUAUAACACGUCCUUUAUAGUGCGCAACUCGAUGGAGAUGAAGAAGCCCAUCAUUGCCGUCGUGCCCAACUAUCGCACAGGAGCUUUUGGCUUGCUGGCCUCCAAAGAGGUUGCGGCAGCCGGCGUCGGCAAUAUUGCCCUGUUUGACCAGCGGCUGGCGAUGGAAUGGGUGUCUGAGAACAUCCGCGCGUUCGGCGGCGAUCCCACAAAGGUCACAAUUGCGGGCGAGAGCGCGGGAGGCUCCUCGGCUGGAUACCAUCUGGUGGCGUUUGGGGGAAAGAAUAACGGCCUCUUCAGGAGUGCCAUCUUGGAGAGCUCGAGCUUGCUUGGUGCUACGAGGUGGUAUGAUAACAUUACCACAACGGUUGGCUGCAACACCGCCGCAGACUCCCUGGCCUGCCUCCGCACCGUCCCUUACCCAAAGUUCUUCAGUGCCAUUAAUGGCUUUCAGUUCAAGCCAUACAUUGACGGCAAGUUUGUAACCCAGCCUCCAUCCGUCUCCAUUGCAAAAGGCCAGAUCGCGGAUGUCGCCCUCAUCAUGGGAUCCAACACGGAUGAGGGCACUGCCGAGUUCUUUACGCCUAGGGGGACCUUGAACAACGACAGCGACAUUGCGUCUCUCGUCGCCCAUCUUGCGAAUGGUCUCAGCGAAGAGAUUGUCUCCAACGUCCUUCGUCUCUACCCCGAUGAUCCCAUCCAGGGCUGUCCCUUUGGCACUGGACCCGAGCGGUUUGCAGACCAGGGCGUCCAGUACAAGCGCGGCGCCGCCAUCACUGGCGACUUGAACAUCCACGCUGGCCGUCGUGCCUAUGCCGUGAGCCAUAGCCAACGCAGAAAGCACCCGAUCUACACGUACCGCUUCGACCAGCCGCCGUGGGAUAUGAAAGAAGUCGACGUCACCAUCACCGCCCCCGUAUUUGUCACGCACUACAGUGAGAUUGUCCAUGUUUUCGAUAACCCGGACAAGAACGUCAACUGGAUCGGGCCGUAUCCCAUUCUUUCGGAAUUGGCCAACUAUGUGUCGCGGUCUUGGGUUUCGUUUAUCCACGAUCAGAAUCCGAAUAAUCACGGUCUUCAGGGUAAGCCGGUCUGGCCCAGAUACGACGCCUCCCAGCCACAGAAUAUCGUUUUCAGGGCUGGUGCCAGCUGGAUUGAGAAGGAUGAUUGGAGAAAGGAGCAGUUGGCAUAUUGGAGCACGAUCUGGUCGGAGGUCAUGACAUAG